CUGAGACCAUGGAGCUCAGCGUCCUCCUCUUCCUUGCAGUCCUCAUGGGCCUCUUGCUACUCCUGGUCAAGGGCCGCCCAAAGGCCCGUGGCCACCUCCCACCAGGUCCCCAUCCUCUGCCAUUCUUGGGGAACAUUCUGCAGAUGGACAGAGGAGGCCUACUCAAGUCCUUCCUGAGACUGCGCCCUUGGCUGAAGAGGACCACCUUCCCUGAUAGAGGAGGACCGUUCAUCCGUCAAGAGUAUACGAGUAGCUGCGCUCCCCGGCUAGAACCUCCAAACAAGCUCUCAAGAGGCAGGAUUUGAACUGAGCC